AUGAAGGUGGAAAUACAGUGGAAGAAGCUGGUCAAGCCGUCGGUGCCGACGCCAAGCGACCAGCGAAAAUGGAAGCUAACAUCAAUUGAUGAGCUUCAAAUGCCGAAUUAUGUGGGAGUUAUCUUCUACUAUAGAGAUAAUGCCGGGAACCCCGGAGCUGAUAUCUCUCAAAGACUUCACCAGAUGGAGGAGGAGAUAUAUGGAGGACGUUUUAUCGACUGUAACGACCUUGGAGUGGAGUUCGUCCAUGCCAAAGUGGAUGGCCAGAUUGAUCAGCUUCUCCAUAGAGACCCCGACAUGGAUUUGCUCGAAUAUUUGUCGCAAUUCCCGAACAACCUAGUAGGCAAUCCACUGGUGGUGAUUCAAGUGAAUACAUUCGAGUGCGGCGGAAUAGCAAUUGGCUUGCGCUCUGCGCACAAGAUCAACGACAUGUACACCAUGGCCAUAUUCACUAAUUCGUGGGCUACCGCUUGCCGAGGUAACAAAGACGUUACAGUCUGUCCAAGUUUUGAGUUGUCGUCUCUAUUCCCAAUGAAAGUGUCGGCCGUAGCGAAUUGGCCUCCACCACGGAUUAUUGGCAACAAGGAAUUCGAAGUGUCUAGGUUCAAGUUCAGCAGUGAUGCUUUAUCGAAGCUGAGAGCCCUAGCUGGGGAUGAUGCAAAGGAUUCAACGGCCAACAACUUCCAGCCUUCGAGGGUGGAGGUUGUUUCGGCACUAAUAAGUAAGGCCCUCGUCAAGAUUGAUCAAUGUAGACACGGUGAAGAAAGGCCUUUCGCAGUUUGUAUGACGUUUAACUUGCGCGAUAAAGUUAAUCUAAAGAUGCCCGCAAAUUCUUGUGGCAAUUUCUUCAGCAUGAUUUCUGGGAGAUCCGAUCAACCCAUGGCCGGCAAAACGAAUCCGGAGUUCAAUGAGAUGGUGAACAUAAUCCACAACAUGAUAUCAGACGCUAAAACGAAAUAUGCAACAAUAGUAAGCAAGGAGGAGUUCUGCUCGACGGUGGGGAAUUCUAUAGCCGAACUUGUCAAAGUCGCGUCCUCAAGCGAAGUGUUUACGAUUUCUUUUAGUAGCUGGUGCCGUUUCGGGCUAUAUGAGAUCGACUUCGGGUGGGGAAGGCCGGUUCUCGUCAGCAACAUAUCAUUGAAUCUCAGGUCGAUCUUUCUUAUCGACGACGAAGAGAGCAAAACAAUUGAUGCAUGGAUAACCACCACGGGAGAUGAGAUGAUUCUUCUUAAACAAGAUCCAGAUAUUCUGGCAUUCACUUCCUAG